CGGCUGCUUACACAGGCCGAAGAACAAGGAGGGAAGCCCAACGCCAGUUUACAGAGAGGGCAAGGGAGCAUGAUGUAGUUAGUGCAGCUUCAGAGGGAGUCAACCGAGUCCUUCCAGUCUCAAUAUUUGACCUCAGUUGUUGAUCAACACAACGGCAGAUUGCUUACUCCUCAAUUGACUGCACUCCUUGACCUCAUUACCCACAUUCUCUCCCUCUCUAGGCCCCACAAACACAAACGCAAAUCGCCAUGUCCGACCUCCCCAACUUCAACUCCAUGUUCUCCCUCGAGGGCAAGACCGCCCUCGUCACGGGUGGCUCCCGUGGCCUCGGGCUGCACAUGGCGACGGCCUUCCUUCGCGCUGGGUGCUCGCUGGUGGUCGUGACGGCGCGCAAGUCGCAGGGCGAGCAGGGCAUCGACCAGGCGGUGCGGCGGCUGAACGCGCUCCCGGGGAUCCGGGGCCGGGCCGUGGGCGUCGCCGCCGACGUGGCCAGCUCGGACGACAUCGUCCGGUUGGUCGGCCGCGUGCGGGAGGAGCUCGCCGGCGCCGGGAAGAAGGGGCUCGACAUACUCGUGUGCAACGCCGGCGCGGCGUGGGGGUCCCGGUUCGAGGACGCGCCGCCGAGCAGCUCGAUCAAGAUCCUUGACCUCAAUGUCAGGGGCGUCUUUGAGCUGGUCCAGAAGUCGCUGCCACUUCUUGAGGCGGCUGCGUCGAAGACGGACCCGGGGAGGGUGCUUAUCAUCAGCUCUACGGCCGGGUCCAACGUGCCGCACGUCGGCGAGCAUGGAACUAUCAUGUACUCGGCCUCCAAGGCCGCUGCCCACCAUCUGGGCAGGAACCUCGCGGUUGAGUUGGGCCCGCGGAACAUCACGUCCAACGUUAUCGCGCCGGGCUUCUUCCCUUCGAAGCUGGCGCAGGGCCUGAUUCAGAAUCUCGGAGGGAUCGAGUCACUGAGCAAGGAUAAUCCCAUGGGACGGCUAGGAGAGGCGGAAGAUAUCGCCGGAGUGGCCGUGUUCCUGUGCACACCCGCCGGCAAAUAUGUAAAUGGCGAGGAUAUCGCGGUGGAUGGUGGUGCGAGACUCUCCGCGGGAAGGAUGUCAAGGCUCUGAGAUGUACGAUAGACUAGGUAGAAGGCGCACACAUACCCCAAAUCGUGCACACGGGCUCUCAAACACUGAUCACAACACGUGCGGGCAAUUGCAUCCAACAUGUUUGAAGACAGGCCUCGGACGGACUCAGAUAGCAAGCCCAUGAUUCGGAAUUUCAGAUGCC